UUAACUCCAAAAAUCAUGAAUAGCAGGCUCCAUUUGUUUUAAGACUCACAAAUUAUUUAGGUAUAUUUGGACAGGAACAUGUAAAUUCUUCAAAAUUCAAAUUAUGACCCUGCCAAGGAGGUAUCUUUUAGUGGGAGCCCUGCUUCUAAUUUGUGCAUCGGAUGCAUCCGUCUCCCAGGAAAAAUGCACAGCCAUUGCGCAGUAUUCAAAUUAUAAUAUUAGCUAUAAUUUUGUGCCGCGAAUGAUAAAGGCGCUGGCAGUCUAUCAACCAUGUGAAGCAGAAGAUCUAAGGUGCCUCUACCAUGCCCAAACCAUGACGAAAAACCUGGAGCCUUAUGUAAGCAGAGGCAUCACACCACAGAUGAUGACACAGUCCAAGUGGCUGGGAACUCUUUACCAGAUAGUCCGCGGGCGCAUUUAUCGCCAGGAGAACUGCUCGAAUCCCAAGCGGUGCGCCGACGUAGAUGAUCUGCUUUUGGAUAUUGAAGGUGAUCUGCCAGAUCUGGAAAUGGUUGUCAAUGUGUGCGACUGGCCUCAGGUUCACUUUCUGUCCGGCUUAAGUGGUCCGGUGUUUUCCUACUCCACCACGGUCAGUCACCUAUACAUCAUGUACCCAGCUUGGUCAUUCUGGACCACCGCAGGUCCCAUCCUGCAGCAUUAUGCCAGGGCAGAGAAGAUUCCCUGGGAUGCGAAGCAAAUUAAGGCUUUUUUCAGAGGCUCACGGUCGUCCCCGAAAUGCGACAAUCUGGGGAGGCUCUCUCUCAGAUGUCCAGAAUUGGUCGAUGACCAGUAUACAGCUGGUCACCCCAUGGAAGCUGAUCCCGCCGAAGAGGUGUCUUUGGUCGAGCACUGCCAGUACAAGUCCCUGCCCUGGGUCCACUACGUCCCCGUGGCCAGCGACGCCUAUGUAGAGCAGCUGGCGGGGCUGAUGCUCUUUCUGCGCGAGCACGGUGAUCUGGCGGAGGAGAUUCCGGAUAGGGGACACCAGUUUGUUUGGCUCCACCUCAGAAUGGAGGAUGUCCAGUGCCACUGGAGGAGGUUGCUCCAGGAAUACGCAAAGUCAUUGACUUAUAAAGUGCAUAUAGAGCCAGGCUUCCUUCAGGUAUCCAACAAAAGAGCAUUGCAGUUGUAUCGCGGGUUAAAUAUAUGAUCUUGUCAUUAAAUAAACAUUUUUAAAAACA